AGCAGAGUCAGGAUGUGUUUGUGGAGGAAGAAGGCGUGAGGAAGGUGGCACAGAUGCUCUACACUCUGCGGGGUAGUGAUGAACUGAGCGCCAGUGGUUGGAAGAUGGCCAACCCCCUGGCCCCUGCACCCACCUCUGACCAGGGGAGUCAACAUCACAGAUUACAUCUAGUGCUGUAACAUUAAUGUGACCUUUUAACUCUAAAAUUCAAAUUGAACAGGUGUAGAGCACAACCACGUGCCCUUGGAGGCAUGUCUCAUGUUUUUCCCCCUUUUUGUCAAAUAAAUUAAUAUUUUCUUUUUGCUGUUUGAGUCAAAAUACAAGUAGCCCCCCGUGGCCCAGAAGACCAGGCCUUCAAUUGGGUGUUCGUGGUUGACACUAUGAACUUCUCUUUCUGGCCCAAUGACGACACACGCCAGUGCGAAGUGACCUUCCGCGGGACCACGCACACGGGCUACAUGACCUUGUGUGCCGCCAUCACCAGAGCCAUGGAGGAAGGGGUGCCCAUUACCGACCCCAAGUUCUUCUCCCAGAUCUCCGUGGAGGAGCUGGCUCACAUCCUUCGAUCUGACAAUGAAACGCCCAUGCCCAUGCUUCAGGAGCGCCAUCAGGUGCUGACUGAAGGCGGACGUGUGCUGUUGCAACAUGGUGGAAGCUUCCAGAGUUUCAUCAGCCGGGCCGAGAACGACGCCCGCAAGAUGGUGGAGCUCAUCGUGGAGAAGAUUCCAUCCUAUCGAGAUGAAGCUGUUUACCAGGGGAGGAGGAUCUCAUUGUACAAGAGGGCUCAGAUCCUGGUGGCCGAUUUCUGGGCCAUGGCGGCAGCCAGGGGCGCGACAGACAUCGUCAACAUGGACUGGCUAACCAUGUUCGCUGACUACCGGGUUCCACAGGCCCUCGUCUUCCUGGGCGCGUUGCGAUACUCGGACGCUCUGAUGCGGACGCUCAAGGGUGGCAAGCUGUUGCAUUCAGGUGACCGCAGGGAGGUGGAGAUUCGGGCGUGCUCCAUUUGGGCAGUGGAGCGCAUUAAGGCCCGCCUGGAUGAGCUGGCGCGGGAACAGGGCGCAGAGAGCAGUGGCAUCAACUCGGUGCUCAUCGACUUCUACUUGUGGCCGUACGCCAAGCAGCACCACCGAGAGAUGGCUCACAUUCCCAUACACCACACGCGUUGUGUUUACUAUUGAUAUGAUCGACGCCGCCAGUGUCGGGGAACCAAGCCAACUGCCUUUAUGUACCGUACAUUAUUUUAAUAGCCCUGUCAGUCAUACAGGGGCUCCAGAAAGUUAACACACCCCUGUUCAAAUGCUAGGUUUUUGUGAUAUAAAAGAAUGACAUCAAGAUAAAUCAUUUCUAAACUUU